AUUAGUGAAAAGACGCAGAGAAUCUUUUCCCGAACCGUGUGUUGAUGGACUGCCAUAUUGCCGUUGCUAGUGGCAACGCGUAUGAUCAUGCGCCUGCGUUUUUGUACCAAAAAAAUAACACAUGCAACAGGUGUCUUGUGGCUAAUAGUGUGAAUCCCACACGUCGCCAAGGGCAACGGGAUUGCUAAGGGCAAAGCACAAACAAACGGGAUCACCUGACGGGUUCGGUGUUCGAAAAAUCUGCGUUUCGAAACGAGAACGGAAGGCGUCCCAGUGGAAGAUUUACGGUCAAUUUACGGUUGUGCAUCGCUGAGGUGUAUUUUGUUGCGGCAUUAUUUAGAUCGCAUCUAAUUGGAUCAUCUUCGGUUGCGAUGUUUCUGUGCAAAACGAAACCGACCGACAAGUGGUUGGACGCGCAGUGCGACGGUACGGCAGCAUUGCACACGCUGCCUUCAUGCAUGACGCUUUGCGAUCUGAAGAACGACAACUACUACCAGCUCAUAACAGUGGAUGUGCCGCUGUUUGAUUUUGACGUUAAGCCCAAACUGAAGGUGUACAAGGGAACGAACCUGAUCAGUGAGCAACAUCUGCCGGGGAUUCCAAGUGCGGUGGAAAGUUUGUACAUCAGCGAUCAGGAACCACGAAUACCCAUCAUUGCAGUUGCAGUGGAGUCAUCGGUGCUAUUCUAUCGUAACAUGAAGCCGUACUACAAGUACACGGUACCGAGCAUGACGAUAGAACCCCUCGAGGUGGAUGUGUGGAAGAAGCUGCCGAACGAGCGAGGUGACGCGCUUGAUGUACUGAUCGAUAGUUUGCGCUCGAUCGAACCCUCGCAGAUGACGCUCCAAACGCAGGAGCUCCUUAGCUUGUCCGAAAGUGAGCGCGGUGGAUACAUUCGAACGAACGCUGAGCGCAAGCUGGAACGUCUGUCCAUCAUCACUUCAAUGACCACGAUCAAGAAAGCUUCAAAUGAAGUCAAAUCGGCUUCCUGCCUAAUUCUUGCAACGGAAUGCGGUGAACUUCUGGUGCUGGAUACACAAGCGUUCGUGGUCCUUGCACAGGCCAAGGUUGGUCCAUUCCGCGGUACACCGAGUAUGAUCUCGGCAGGUGGCCAGUACGAUAUCGAUUACCGGGUGGUGAUAGCGACACGUGAAGGCGCCCUGUACUUGCUUCGUAAAGGAUGGCUUGCUGGACAACAUAUCGUCAAGCUGGACAAUCCUGCUGCUGGUCUGUCAUUGUUACCGAUCGAUCAGACCAUUGUGGUCGUCUGCAUGAAUCAGUCGCUUGUUUGCUACUCCAAAAAGGGCAAGAAACUUUGGAUGGUGCAGCUACCCCAGCCAGCCGUAUGCAUGACCCCAGUCUGUCUGCCACAUCUCGGCAUCAAUUUGGUUUGCGUGUGUCUCAAAGGUGGAUUGGUACAAUUUUAUAGCCAGAAGAAACUGGUGGACCAAUUCUACGCUCCCGAGUCGGUUUCGGCCCUAACCUUCGGCAGACUUGGCCAGGAGGAACACGUCCUCAUUCUAGUCACCAUCGAUGGUUCGCUGAUUGUAAAGAUUCUAAAGCGAACGGCCGAGUUUGUGACCACAGACAACGUGUAUGACAUAAAAUCGGCCGAGGAACCGCCGGGUAAUUUACAGAUACCGAAAAAGACAAAAAUCUUCGUCGAACAAACGUUGCGCGAGAAGGAACAUGCGGCCACCAUACACAAUUCGUUUCAGUCGGAGCUGUGGCGCAUGCGGCUGACCACAGCACGAGCCACUGUGGAUGUUAUUAAUUCUGCCGAUAGCAACAUGUCCACAGUCGAUGUGGGUCUUGCUCCGAUCAAGCUAGCAGCGGAAGUACUUGGUUUAGGGCCAACGUUCAAGCUGUUUGUGGUACUGGAAAACAUUUCCACCCGAAAGGAAGCGACGGGUUUGAACGUACUUAUACAGGCUGACCAUCGUCAUUACCGAGUGGAGCGACCAUAUCUGAAGCUACCGAUGCUAGUACCGGGAUUCCCUGUACGAUUAGACUUUCGGGUGACUGUUAGCGUCGAUCCCUCAGACGGUUUACCUCCAGUAGAUUUGACACCAGAAAAUUCGCACAUCAAGGUGUUGGUGUUCAAAACCGGUCAGACAAAACCCUUGAUUGCAUCGACCGUGGUAAUGCCUCAACCGGAACCACAAAUUUUGAAUGCUUUGUAACGAUAAGGAUGCCAAUAAUUAUCUUCUACGUGUUUAAAACUUGGGACUCACCCGCUUAUAAAAAGAUAAUUUAGUUUCGACAUGCCAGAAAUGUUGAUAACUGUGGUAAAAAGGUCGCUGUUGGACAUUCUACCUUCUCCAGGUUUGAUUUCCGUUAUUUUCAAAUUGAAUGCAAAGCUGCCAUGCAAGUAACCGACUGUACAAAUAGUUGCAUGCAAUUCGUUUAGCGUUUUUCCGUUUGCUUCUGAUGAAUGCUUGAAUUUUGAAUAAAUGUUAAACUUUA